AUGCGCCCGUUCAGCGGAAUCCCUCGUCCGCUUUCCGAGAUCUCACCCCACGAGAGACGUAGAAACUCUCCCAGCUGGAACCAGGCGACCCAGAAACCAGCGACAAUGACGGAUUCUUCGCCAUUCCAGUCGUCGCCCCUGGAGAACGUCACAUCGCCCCGUCUCUUCUGGCAGAACCGCAGCUUCAACUCGGACGAGCGCACUGGCUCACCCACCCGCCGCUCAUCCAUCGAACGAUUGCAAAAGGCUUCCCGCGUCAAGAACAGCAAUCUCCGGGCCCUGGAGCAGAAGGAGGAGUACGACCCGGCCAAAAUCCCCGAUAUCCAACGCCCUCUCUCUAAGAUUCAGGGGAACAACUUUGGCGGCGGCGGCGUCAAUGGUUUUCAGGGACGACCACUAUUUGGCCACGGCAAGAGCCAGAGCACCACCAGCAUCCCUAUCCUGAACCCGCCCUCCCUGACGAAAGCAGCAACGAUGCCGAUUUCCACCUCGCCCAUCCGGCCGACAACGCCCAGCAAGGAGUCCGGAUCACCGCUGAAAUCCUCUCUCUCGUCAAAUCGAUUCAAGAGCAGCUUUGAUCACGAGACAGGAACGUGGUCCGAUAUAUCUGGAGACGAGCGUCGUCUGCCCGAGGGCAAGUCGCUGCACCGCCAUGCAAAGAGCGUCACUUUCGAUCAAGCGCCUCCUCAAGUCAACGAGUACGAGAUGGCCACCCCCGCUCCUUCUUCGAUCGGCAGCAACUCGAGGGAGGGCAGCUAUGAUUCCACCGACGAGGACGAUGACGAUGACCAUUACAUGAUUCACAACAUGGACCAAGACGACAGCUUUGACGCGUCACUGGAGGAUACCGACAAGACGCCUGUGGUGGGUCCCGAUGACUGGAGGCACAACAAUCACGAGGAUCCGUUUGACAGAAGCCCAAUGCCGGAUGAUCUGCCGCCCGUUCCUAGACCCCAUCAUCAGCGCACUGAUUCAUCGGCCUCCAAUGGGGAAAGCCGCCCGCUGCCACCUCUCCCUGGCAUGGACGGGACUUCAAGAAGCCUCCCUUCUCCUCCCUCCGCUUCCAAGUUGGAGGCUCAGGGUCUUGGUAACAGCAGGAUGCCUCUGGAGGAGCGGUUGAAGCUUAUGAUGCUUUCUGACGAUGGCAAGUCUGCGGCCGAGCAGCAACGUGAGCGUCGCAUGCGCCGUGCUGGUGCCCGUGGUAGCCAGACACCCGAUCACGAGUCUAAGAGCCCCGUUGUUCAGCCACAGGAAGACGAAGAGGAGCUUGACACUGUCGGCGAGCUUUCGGGUCUCGACGAGUACCAGCUGCCUCCGCGCAUUUCUCGCGAGUCCAUCCUCCGACGUGUUAAUGGCAACAAGGCGCUGGACCGCGAGUCCGACUACAACUUUUCAUCACCCGCCGUGGGCAUGUCUCCCGACCGCCAAGUUUACGACCCCGACGUUCCCAUUCCCAGCACCGAGGACAAUGUUUCUGUUCUCGGCGACGAGCCAGUCUCUGUUUUGGAUGAUGAGUCGGAUUACGACUCGGAUCAAGGAAGCGUCAUCAUCAAGCGCGAUCCUGCUGAUCAGGAGUCUGACCUGUACUCGAUUCCCGACACGUACGAACGGUCCGAGGUCACUGACGACUAUUCUUCCGACUAUGAUAGCGACAGUCGGUUUGAUGAGGAAAGCCAGUACUCCGAGGGGACGGACCUGCAUGUGACCAAGUCAUCACAGACUCAGGAGGAUGAUCAGGUUCCUACCCCCAGGGCAACUACUCCGGUGGAUGAGCCCACUCCUCUGGUUCAAGAAGCCGAGAAGGCGCUCCCCGAGGCGCCCAAGGAAAACCGCCUGUCUAGGGGGUUGGAGGCUUCCUUGUUGCCCAAGCCUGAAGAGAAGGAGGCUGUUCCUGGGCCGGAGAAGGCUUCGCAACCCGAGCCCCUGCCACAGCCUGAGAAGAGGCCUCUUACCCCGGAGCUGCAGCUCAGACGAUCUCUUACCAAGCCCGAGUACGACGGGACCGGGUGGGGAGAAGAUGAGUUUGAGGAGUCCGAUCCGGGCACUCCGGAAUCGGUCAUCCACCGGCCCAUGCCAGACAGCGAUGACGAAGAAGCCAGAGCCUCACCGGCCAUUCCCGAGCAGAUCGCGACCAUCAAGUCCGCCUCUGGCUCCAAGCUCAAGACCAGGCCUUCUGCCACACCAGCUGACCUGGCCACCAUGCGCGAGGCGCGCAGGCAAGUCAGUCGGGAGGUUCCCCCCAUCCCCGACCGCCACAGGAACAGGCUCUCUGUCAACAUGGACAACGAGCUGGCACCCCCCGCCGAGGACGACUACAUGGACCGUCACCCGAGCUUUAAGAAGCGGAGCCUGACACUGGAUCUCGACCUUGGCCUUAGCCUAGACAAGGACUUUGACCGGGUGAUCGAAGCACAAAAGGUUGCGUCUGACCAGCUUUCCUUGAUUCCCCCCUUUGAUUUUUCUGCUGUUCACACUCCGAGCUUGGCGGAGGCGUUUUCUCCUGACAAGGAGGAGUUUUCUUUUGAUCCUUCAGAAACUACUACUACGAAUAUUGGUGACGGUGAUGCUAACAAUAAUACUCCACGAAAACAGCGCGGGUACCUCAUGCGGCAGAACACAAAGGUCAUCACUGCCAGUGAUAAGAUGACGGAGGACUUUAGGGCUCGGUCGGCGGGGAAUAGCCCGACCAAGGUGGCGCAGAGGCCGCAGAGCUGGACGGUGGAGCCGUGGAACAGCCAGCCGGCUAGGAAGAGGAGCUUCAAGAAGAAGCCGAGUAACUUGGGCGCUUCCGGGCCCGUUCCCCCGCUGCCUGGGCAGGAGAGUAAUGCUGCUGCUGUCGCGACGCAGAGCGGGAACGACGAGGAUGUGGGUGCGGAGCUGAGCCCCGGGGAUGAAAAUGGGGAGAGGGGAAGGCUCUUUGUUAAAGUGAUGGGGGUCAAGGAUCUGGAUUUGCCUAUUCCUAAGAAUGAGCGAACCUGGUUCAGUCUCACGCUCGACAACGGAGUCCACUGCGUGACGACGGCCUGGCUGGAACUGGCCCGCAACGCGCCCAUCGGGCAAGAAUUCGAAUUGGUUGUCCCCAAUGACUUGGAGUUCCAGCUGACGUUGAACGUCAAGCUGGAGAAACCGGUCGAGAAGCCCGUGGCCAAGGCGCUGCCGUCGCCUACUAAGCUCAGCAAACCCAAGACGUCGGCCUUUUCCAGGGUGUUUGCCUCGCCCAAGAAGAGGAAGGAGAUGGAGCUCCGGCAAAGGCAGGCAGAGGAGGAAGAGAGGCUUGCCGCUCAGCGGGAGGCGCAGGCGAGACAGAUGAAGAGCCAGCCUACGGCAUGGGACUUGCUGAGCCCGCUGGCGGCGGACGAUGGCUCUUUUGCCAGGGCGUACGUCUGCCUCAAGGACCACGAGAGCAAGUGUUUUGGCAGGCCCUAUCUCGUCGACGUGGCGGCGUUCAACGAGUGGGCGAUGGAGGACGCGGGUUUUGCGUCUAGUGUUAAGAGCAAGAGGGGGAACAUGGGACCUGGCUCUGUCGUGAGGCGGGCGCCGUACAAGAUUGGAAAGCUGGAGCUGCAGCUGUUGUUUGUACCGAGGCCCAAGGGGGCGACGGAUGAGGACAUGCCAAAAUCUAUGAACAGCUGUAUCAGGGAGAUGAAGGCUGCGGAGGAGAGGUUGGCGAGGUGCUGGGAGGGGCAUCUCAGCCAGCAGGGCGGGGAUUGUCCCUACUGGAGGAGGAGGUAUUUCAAGCUUGUCGGGACAAAGUUGACGGCUUACCACGAGGCUACGAGGCAGCCCAGGGCCACGAUUAAUUUGGCGAAUGCCAAGAGGUUGAUCGAUGAUCGGAGGACGCUGAUGGAGAAGGAGACGCUUGGGAAGGGGGGCAAGAGGAGGAGGAGCGCGUUUGCGGAGGAUGAGGAGGGGUACAUGUUUGUGGAGGAGGGGUUCAGGAUCAGGUUCAACAACGGGGAGUUGAUUGACUUUUAUGCAGACACGGCCGAGGACAAGGAGGGGUGGAUGAAGGUGCUUGGGGAGGUCGUGGGGAAGGAGGUGGUGCCCGGGGACGGGGUGGAUGAUGUUGUUGGCUCUGUGGUGGCGGGAGGGGGGGGAGGGUCGAAGAUGAAGGGGAAGUGGUGCGAGUUGGUGAUGAAGAGGGAGGAGCAGCUGAAGCGGAAGGAGUCGGCUAGCCAGGGGGGUGGCGGGAGGAGGGUGCAUUCUAGGACUAAGAGUGCUUUGACUUGA